AAAAGAUAGUGCUAAUUAUUAAAUGGAACAAUAGAAAUGGAUGCAGUAAAGAAAGUGGAAUUUAGGUAGAUUCUCUUAAGAAAGCUGUUAACAUUUGAAAUUUCUGCACCAAAAUCAGUUAAGACCAUGUAGUGAUACACAGAUUCUUCAAGCUAUUCAACAAACAUCUCUAAUUCUGCCAGGACUCAAGUAUUCCCAGUGGCAUAACUACAGUGAUAGUUGCUAAGUAACAAACCUGUGUUUAGACAUCCUCUUUGAAACCAAGAGUCUGAAAAAAUCCUUUCAUAGCGAAAUUCCAAUUCCUGUGAUUUCAUGCAGUGUGGAGAACAAGUGUUUAGUUCUCGUUGCUUAUCUCUUCUGUGAUUUGAUCAGGUAAAAAUGGGAGGCAGGCCUUUGAAAUGGAAAAAGCUUGGUUGGCUGGAGUUCUUGCUGGCUACAAGUGGACUUUUCUGGGAGAGGCAAUAAAGUUAACAGCAAAAUUUCCUUCUUAUCAGGGCAGUUAAUGAGGGGGAGGGGGAACAUUACCAGUAUGCAUUCUGAAGGCUUGUAGGAACAUUGUGUUUUGAUAAUCACAUGUUACUUUUUUAUACUCUCACAAUCAAUGGCACAGAUUUGCGAGGUGUUUGCUGGAAGUCAGGAGAAAUUUUGCCUUAACCAAUGUAUCCAUUAGUACUGACUUUGUUUCCUUUCAGAAAUGCUUAGAUCAGUUACCAUUUACAUAAUUCUUAAAUUUCCAAAUGCGGGGUUUCUAUUUCUAAUUUUUUCAAAUCUUAUAAAACACAAAUCAUAUGCGAUUCCUCAUUCACAUAUAAAGGUGUAUGAUAUUUGAUUUUGUGGUUUCAUGUUUGUUCUGUAAAAUAAACAGUAGCUAGCUUUGAUUUUUAAAUGGUUUUGCAUUUUAUAGUCUUGCCUAUGUAAGACUAUGUAAGUUUAUCCUAUGUAAGAUAGGAUAAACUUAAAUAGAAGACACAAUCCUGGAGACAUUCUAAUCUGAACUGUGAUUAAAUAACAACUGUAUUUUCCUGUAUCUAUGCAUGGAUUAUAUGCUUAAAACUGAGUCCAAAAUGCCGGCUUAAUGAUCUGGAUUUUAUAUUCAUGUAGUGAAGAUGGGGAAAUCUCUCCUGGAGUCCCUUUUCUCUUUCUGCCCGUGUCCUUUUUUAAUAAUAAUAGCAGAUAUUUCUUCUGCUAUUCUCUUUUUUAACACACAUUUGUUCGAACUUGUCUGUUUGAAGAUUAUUACUUCUAAUGGUUUUGAAUAUUAUUACUUCUAAUGGUUUUUCAUCCCAGCUGGUGUGGUUUACCAACUAGAAACUUCCUGUUCAACUUGGAUUAAUGAUGCUAAAGAUCAUGAUAUUUCAACAAUAUUAUUGAAACAGAAGGAAACAUAUGUGAAAGCAGUAGUGAAAUGCCAAGAGGCUGUGAUUGGAAUCCCAGCCUUAUUGCACUGGCUGUUGUACAAAAGCAAAUUGGUGCAUUUUCUAUCCAAAAGAAGUUCAGUCCUGUUCUGAGACCCUUCACAGUCCUAAAGACCUCAGCUCACAGCCAAUGAUUCUUCUGGACAACAUUUUGUCAUGUGUAUGUGUGCCGAUGUAUUAGUGGAAAGAAAACAAAGAUUGAAGAGAUGUCUCAUUUCCUCAUUCUCUGUCAUACUUUGUAGGUACAUCUCUACAGCUAAAAACUGGCAGGGAGAGAACGCAGCUUCUGGAGCCUUGCUUAUUCUGAAUUCAUUUACUCAUUCUCAGCUAAAUACCACUUAAUAGCCAGCAUUAGGUGUAGCUACUUCUGUGUAAUGCUGUUUCUGUUCUACUCUAAGACAUGUAAGAUUUUUGGAGAAAUAUGAUAUUUAAGCUGCAUGUUUUACUGUCUUUCCAAUUACACUUCAAUGGGAUUGGAGCAAAUCUCCUAUGAGAAAGAGCAAACAUGAAAGCAGUGGCAUUUAUAGCACAGAACAUCAUUUAAGUUCCAUUUAGUUAGCUUAAGAUGAACAUUUAUACUCUAUAUAUGAUGUAUAUAGUAAUGACAAUUUGACAAUUUUUCAAUUUUUGAAUGGAAAGCAGAGAAAACAACUUGAUUACUUUAAACAAUAUCUAAUUAACGUAAGAUGAAAUGGACUUGUGAUCAUUUCAAUUUCCUUUUAUUUUUUUUUUUUCUCCAUCUUUCACAUGGUUUCUGUUAGACUGAAUACAGGAGCGCAAAGUUUUUAAAAUCAUAAUUUCUUUGGUCAUAUAAAUCUUCAAGAAACAUUGGGGAGAGUAGUUCUCAAGAGAAUGUGGAAAGAGAAAUAUCUUGUUAUUUCAGUCUAACCAGGACUGAGCUGGAUUGCAGUAAUUUAAUUGAACAUUAUUUGGUGAUCUGGCAACAUGUCCUCCUUUCCUGCUGCUAAGCUAUCGUAUUCCUGACAAGUGACUAAAUGCUUAGAAAAGUUUCCAAGACUGGGCUUGGUAAACUGUUCAUGUUGCUCUAUAUACAUGAAUAAAAUCAAUGCAUCUUAUUGAUUGUCAUAUCACCAUUUCUUUCAGUCAUUCUUUGCUACAGGCUGUUAUUUCUUAUGGAAGCAGUCUUCUCUUCUAAGCACCCUUGUUGCUUUUGUGUUCUCCUACUUUGUGUCCUGAGUAGAUCCAGCUACUAAAAAAAAGCUAAAACAAACAAACAAAAACAAAAACAAAAACAAAAAAAAAUCUUGAUUGAAAAGGUUAAAGAGAAAGGAUGGAUAGAGAAGCAAAAGAGACUUUUUAGGUGAUCCUUACUAGCUCAUUUCCAUAACUCUCUGAUUCUGCUGAGCUUUCUUACAUUUUGUCCUGGUGCUUCAGGGAGAUGAAUGAAAAAUAAAGAUGAUGUAUCUUGAAAAUAUAGCAUGAAAAUGCCAGGUGCUUUUUGUUGCUCUUUCAGUACACUCUGAACCUAUCUACAGAAAUGUAAAUCUUGUUCCCUCUGUUUGUUAGCAUAGAACAUUUCUACAAAGAAUUUUGGUUUUGGCAUUAAAAAAACCCUUUGUCUGAAUUGGAAGCUUUGUGAUUUUGCUCUUUAUAUGAGGAUUCUGAGUAGAAAUUUUACAUCAAACAGGAUAAAUUAUCACAUUUUAUUUUAUUUUACUUUUUUAAAAUUAUUUUUCUAGAUACUUAUAACGAUGCUUUUCAAAAAUGAAUUGUUCAACUUUAGGGACACAUCUUGUAGAACCUGCAUGGACUCACCCAUUCAUUUCUGUGGUAGUAACUGAAGAAUGACUUGAUGGUAAUUGUUGAUAGCGUGUAAAAGUUUGCCUUGCCUCUUUGCAUCCUGCUGCAUUUCUUGCGCUUUGUUUCUGUUUCCUCUUUUUUGCAGAAGAGUUCUGACUUCAGAGAGAAGAUGGUGAAUCUGCACAGUGUAACUUCCUGCUUGGGAGCAGAGAUUGCCAAAGGAACAACGCUGACUCCACACAAAACUCAGUGCUGCUUUUCUGAGCGUAGUGCCUCUCUGCUGUCUUCUGAUCUUCUUUCUCAAUUUUUUGGCUGUGACAGGCUCUUUUCAGACAACCAUGGUGGUGAAACUGACCUCAGUAUCUUUUUUCAGCUUCUCUCAGCAGAUAAUUGACAACAAUCCUCCUAACAAUUCUCCUGUUGGUUCUUGCUUUUUGGUCCCUUUUUCUUGCCCACUAGUCCCAUUGUUUUCUCAGCAUUGUAAUUCUUGAUCUCCCAAUGUUAUUCAUUUGCAUCUGAAUCAGAGCAACAGAAACAGGGUCCCAGCUCUUCAUGUAGGUAUCCAGGGUUUCCUUUGCCUACAAUAGCAGCAAUUUUUCAGGGUAAGUCUUAUUUUAGCUUCCAUAGCACUGAUGGACCUUAAGGGGUACUUUCUGUAAAUAGAACGUCAGGGAACUUAUCCCAAACCAGCCUUUCCUGAAGAUACGGAGGUGGAGAUUUUUCAAAGGCCAUAUUCAAGAGUUUGAGAAUUCAAAAAGUGUUGUAAACGCACCACAGGUGUGUUACUGCUUCCUCAACCUCUAUGUAUUUCUAAUGAUUUUGCCUACUAUAAAGCAGAGGGUUUUUCUCAAAGUAGAAAGCAGAAUUUUGUCAGAAUGUCUGAACAGAGUGUACUUUAGGAUGUGGAAACUUUCACAGACCAGAUGGAUGAAAAAUGUGGCAGUAUCCCUUAUCAGUUUAGUUUCCCUCUUUUCUGAUAAUUGAAAAUCUAUCAUUUUCUGGUGGCAGGUUAUAUUUUUCCCUUACUUGUGUCAUUUCUUUUCAGAAUUUCAUCAGUUGUUGCUGUCAGUUUGGGUGCACUGCUUCUGUAUGUUCUAGUAGAGAACAAAAGAAGGGAUAGGUGCCUCCUGAGGAAAACAGAUUCUUCUUCUGCAGCUUUUCUCUUCUUAUGGAAAUGCUGAAAUGCAGUUUUUUUUUUUCUCUAAUUCUAGGAUCAUGGUUACCUGAUUUGCCUGGUUUUUCCAGCCGUUUUUCAUGGUACCGUAUUACAUUCUGUUUACUGGAUCAGACCAAUCUUAUUCUUCUUUUUUACUUUCUUUAUUUUUAUUAGAGAGAUAUUCGUGUCAACUUCACUCUGAAAAUAAUGAUUCUGAGUUGUAAGGCACGUGUCCAAACAUCUUCACUAAAAUGUGGCCUCUUAGAACUAACAUAUCCACAGAAAACUCUUGCGUUCAGUACUGAAAAUAGCUUAAAAAGUAAAGCUUAUUCAUUGAGGUAUUAUUUCAAAAUUACAUAUGUGACGUGAUUUGGUUCCUCAUUUGCAGACCAGAACUUCCCUGUAUCAGUUGAGUCUUAAAACCUAGAAGGACUUGUUAACCUGGAUCAAUGCAGAAGGGUUUUCUUGCAAGACACAAUUUGUUCUUCAGCAGGAGUUAGAGCUGCAGAGGAGAAAGGGGCAAAACAUCUGGCAAUGGCUGUUUACCUUCUUGUGAUUUUUCUCUUUUCCUUUUGUACGCGUCUUCAAGCUUCUGAUAGUGGAAUAUUUUUAAUUUAUAAUGAAGAUAGCAAGCUCUGUGCCCAAGCUCAAAACAGCAGCUCAGUCAUAACUGCCAUGUGCAAUGUGAAAAAUGAGUUGCAGAGGUUCAGAUGGAUCUCGGCCACACAGCUGCUGAGCAUGGGGAUGAAGCUGUGCUUAGGAGUGCUCACCAAGGAUGAUGAGGCUGCCAUCACAUUGGAAACCUGCAACAGGACGAAUGAGCUUCAGAGGUGGGAAUGUAAAGGUGAAGCACUUUCAAUCCAAGGCAAGGAUUUGUUUCUCAACUAUGGAAAAGGGAAGGGAAAGAAAAUCAGGUUGUCCAAAGAAUCAGGCAAAGGGAGCCGAUGGAGAAUCCAUGGAACUGCAGGCAGCAUAUGCUCCAGGCCCUAUGAGGAUAUGUAUACAAUAGGAGGAAAUAAUUUUGGUGCACCUUGUGUGUUCCCUUUCAAGUUCAAUGGUAAAUGGUUUGCUGACUGCAUCCGUCAGACUGAUGCAAGCUCUCUCUGGUGUGCAACUACUUCAGAUUUUGAUAAAGACCAACGUUUUGGAAAUUGUCCAUCAAAAGACACUCUCCACAAAGACUUUUGGAAAACAAAUCCUUUGACUGAAACUCAUUAUCAGAUAAACGCAAACUCACUUUUGACAUGGCAUCAAGCAAGAAGAAGCUGCCAGCAGCAGAAUGCAGAAUUGUUAAGUGUCACAAACCCUCAUGAAGAAAUGUUUUUGUUAGGACUCACUAGUGAUCUGGGGUUCAAUGCCAAGCUCUGGACUGGUCUUGUCAGACGACUCGAUAGCAGCUGGGAAUGGACUGAGGGUAGUCCUCUCAGAUAUCUGAAUUGGGCUCCAGGAAAUCCCUCUGUGGAGCUUAUAAAAAUGUGUGGAAUCUUCCAAGGCAGGAAUGGCAAAUGGGAAAAUGUGGCAUGUAAUCAAAAGCUGGGAUAUAUCUGCCAAAAGAGAAACUCUUCCAUUGUGGAUGACUCCUUCAUUGUUCCCUCAGGAGACAUGAAGCCUAUUAAGUGCCCCAGGGAAUGGGUAGCCUAUGCAGGGCAUUGCUAUAGAAUUUACAGAACACCCAAAAUAUGGAAACAAGCCCAAUCAUCAUGUAGAAAAGAAGAUGGAGACCUGACAAGUAUUCAUAAUGUUGAGGAGUACAGUUUUAUAGUGUCUCAACUUGGGUAUAAGCCAGAUGAUGAGUUGUGGAUUGGUUUAAGUGAUUUCAGGUUUCAGAUGUAUUUUGAAUGGAGUGAUGGGACACCUGUGACAUACACCAAGUGGCAUCAAAGACAGCCAACCCACACACCUAAUAAGGCAGACUGCAUUGUUAUGAAUGGAGAGGCUGGGUUCUGGACUGACAGUGCUUGUGAAACAAAACUUGGUUACAUCUGUAAAAGAAAACCCUUGGCAGAGGAAUCAGGGGAAGCUGAAGUUACUUACCCGGGUUGCCAGAAAGGCUGGAUGAAGCAUGGCUUUUACUGCUACUCUAUAGGGCAGCUACCAGCAACAUUUUCAGAAGCAAAACUUAUCUGUGAAGAAAACAAAGCUCACCUGGCUACUGUGACAGACAGAUAUGAACAGGCUUUUUUAACUUCUAUAAUUGGAUUCAAGCCAGUGGAAUAUUUCUGGAUUGGACUCUCAGACGUGGAGGAGCAGGGGACGUUCAAGUGGACUGGUGGGGACCCAGUCAUCUUCACUCACUGGAACAUGGGAAUGCCAGGAAGGGAGCCAGGCUGCGUGGCCAUGAGAACGGGAACUUCAGCUGGAUUAUGGGAUAUUCUCAAUUGUGAAGAAAAAAACCUGUUUCUGUGCAAGCAGCUGGUGGAGGGAGCGACCCCACCACCCCCUCUGACGACUCCUCCACUCCCAUCCUGCCCAGACGAAUGGCAAUCCGUUCCUCAGAGCAGCUUCUGUUUCAAAAUUUUUCAGAGAGGAAGGGAGAAAAUGCAAACAUGGUUUGGUGCAAGAGAUUUUUGCAGAGCUAUUGGAGGAGAUCUGGCAUGUGUCCACAGUGAAGAAGAGCAAAAACUAAUAUCUAGUUUAAAUAAAGACUAUCGUCACUUAUCUUACUGGAUGGGUUUAAAUGCCUUGGACUCUGAUGGAGGAUUUACGUGGUGUGAUGGUUCACCAGUAAAUUUUCAAAAAUGGGCAAAUGGAGAACCAAACAAUUAUGAUGGAAACGAAAAAUGUGGAGUGUUUUAUGGCUAUAAUGAUAUGAAAUGGAAUGAUAUAUUUUGUGAACAUAUGCAAGACUAUGUUUGUCAAAUAAAAAAAGGAGCAUCACUGAAACCAGAACCUACAUCCACAUUUGAUUAUGAGUAUAUUGUUAGUGAAGAUGACUGGAUAAUAUAUAAUCAUAAGGAAUAUUACUUUAGCAAGGAAGCGAUGCCUAUGGAAAAAGCAAGAGACUACUGCAAGAAAAAUGGUGGUGAUCUUGCUGUUAUCGAGAGUGAAAGUGAAAGAACGUUUCUUUGGAAAUAUACUUUUUAUAAAGAUCAAGGAAAUAAUUUCUUUAUUGGCUUAACUGUGAGCCUUGACAAGACGUUCCGGUGGGUGGAUGGAACUACUGUAAACUAUGUUGCCUGGGCCCCAAAUGAACCCAACUUUGCAAAUAAUGAUGAAAAUUGUGUGGUCAUGUAUACCCAAACAGGUACAUGGAAUGACCUCAACUGUGGCAGUGUUGAGCUUUUCAUCUGUGAAAGGCUUAACAGUACUGUUCGUCCAAGUACUGCUCCCACAGUACCACCACCCAAUGGUGGGUGUCCAGAAGGCUGGCUCCUCUUUGAUAAUAAGUGUUUCAAAGCAUUUGGCCUUGAUGAAAAUUAUACACUGACAUGGCACGCUGCACGGAACAACUGUAUUACUGUUGGAGGAAACCUGGCUACGAUCUCAAAAAAGGAAAAUCAAGCUUUCCUCAUGUCUCUCUUAAAAAAUACUGCAACUGAUGCCUGGAUUGGACUGAAUGACAUAAAUCAUGAGCAUACAUACUUAUGGACAGAUGGAAGUCCAGUUUACUACACAAAUUGGGCAAAAGGUUCCCGAAGUUACUAUAGUAAGGAUGACUGUGUCUAUAUGAAGAAGAACCCUAUUGAACAAGCAGGGAAAUGGAAGGAUGAAGAUUGUAAAGCAAGCAAAAGUUACAUAUGCCAGAAAAAUGCUGACCCUAAAUUGCAAAGUUCCCAAGCCGUGGUUCCAGUGUUUGGCUUUAACAACUAUGGCGAUGACCGCUAUGCGGUCAUCAACUAUAAAAUGAACUGGGAAGAAGCACAGAAGAAUUGCAAAGACCAGUAUGCAGAUCUUGCCAGCAUUUUAGAUCCUUAUGUUGAAGCUUACCUUUGGUUACAAAUACUAAAGCAUGGAGAGCCCGUAUGGAUUGGUCUUAACAGCAACAUGACUCGUGGCGUUUACAUGUGGUCGGAUAGAAGGAGGAGCAGAUAUCAUAACUGGGCCAGUGGAGAACCAAAUAAGAAUGCAGCCUGUGCCUAUUUAGAUUUAGAUGGUUUUUGGAAGACAACAUCUUGCAAUGAAACAUUUUUAUCUCUCUGUAAACAAUCUGAUGAGUUAAUUCCUACCGAAUCGCCACAGCUUCCUGGAAAGUGUCCUGAACCAAAGCACGGUAGAUCUUGGAUUCCCUUUCGUGGCCAUUGCUACUAUGUUCACACCACUUCUGAAGUAAGCUGGCCAGAUGCUUCCAUGAUGUGUAUUCAAAUGGGUGCUUCUCUGGUUUCCAUAGAAGAUCCAGCUGAAAUGAACUUCCUCUUACUUUACUUGUCUCCACUUGCAAGUGAUUUCAGAAAAUUUUGGAUAGGAUUGUUCAAAAAUAUUGAAGGGGAAUGGAUGUGGACAGACAGAAGUGUGGUAGAAUUUGUCAACUGGGAGAAAGGAGAGCCUACAAUGAUUUAUGAUGAACACUGUGUGGACAUGGAUGUCUCAAGUGGAUCCUGGAGGAACUAUUACUGCUCUGUUGACCGCAAUUUCAUUUGUAAAAUUCCAAAGAUUAUUGAAGUUGAACCAACCCAUGAUUCAUCUGUCAAUCAAGCAUCAAAAAGAGAAGCUGCUGUUUCAUCCUCACAUAGUCGAGGUGUGAUGAUUGUUACGCUAAUCUUCCUUCUUCUAGCAGGCACUGGCCUUAUAGUAUAUUUUUUCUACAAGAAGAGACAUGAACAGACAACUGUUACAGCUAGUUUUGGCAAUGCCAUAUACUGUGGUAGUCCUGAUCCUGGAACUCAUGAAUCAAAAUGUCUUGUGACCAGUAUUGAAGAAAAUGAAUAGGCAAUGGGUAAAUAGGGUAAACUUGGGCCUGAUUGGAAAGGAACUAAGUACUGGAAUACCAAAAUUCUGAACUUAAACUGAUUUUCUCCUAUGGGAAUUCUUGUUCGUUUUGCACAGGAUACUUCUUGCUUAUACUAGCAGGAACAAGCAAUCUUGCAACAUUCUAAAUCUGCUCACAAACAGUAGUUCUUGGGAGGACUGUUGAACAUACAUAAAACCUGGAGCUACACUGUGUAAAGGAACACUCAGGAUGUUUCAGUUGAUGCACGGGUCCUGCAUCACCCUUAGAUACCAGGAUAACUGUACUCAUCACAGGAAACAGUCAGAAACUGAUGAACUCAUGACACUAAGAGUACGCUGUGACUGUAGAAGGCCAUGAGUACACACAGGAACCAGCAGUGGAUUGUAAAACCUGGACCACACCCAAGACAGCAGUGAAUGGUACCUGAUCAUGGAGUGGCACCUGAUAAUGAAGACUGUGAUCCUCUAAAGGAUGUUCCAGGCACUUUCUGAGAAGCCCCAGUAUGGCCUCUGCAUCUGAGACUAUGGUUGGGAUUAGUUGCCAAAUAUAACUUCAACCAUGCAGCUGUGAGGGACCAUCUGUGAUUGAAUUGCUGAAAUGAAGGGGUCACCAGUAAUCUGCUAUUCGUAACUUCUUGGUGAAAAAUAAAUCAAACUUGUUCUAAGAUGCUGGUUACGAUCUGCAUUUCCUCCCAGAUUGAUUCUGUGUCAGUGAAAAUGAACUUUACAAGAAACUUUGGUUUAUAAAGUCAGUUACAAUAGAUAAAGAACUGUGAAAUGAACUGAUGCUUUCAGGCCAGAUUCCAGUGGGCAAGAGCCAGAAUUUCUGUGGUCAACAGGAAAGGUUUGAACUGCUCCAUAAACAUGAAGUUGUGAUGUCACUGAAUCUGGACACAGGAAAAGCUAAAGUUCCUACUGUCUCUCCUUUGUUGUGUCCUUAUCUGACAUAUCCAGCUUUCUCUUGUGGAGAAGCCUCUGGGGUAAUGGAAGAGAAAAAUCUCCCAUAGAGAGGUAUAGAGAAAACUGCUUGCAAUCUAAGAACUCAUAGAGAGAAAGCUUAAAGGCAAUCAGUUUCUCUGCAGAUACCAUGGACAGUGGAGAGAUUUGUUUGUAGGCAACCUGGUAGAGAAUGAAGAAAACCCUUUAGUGUCCUGUUACAUGCUUGAUUUGAGGAAAAAGUUUCAGUAAAUCCACCUGCUGGAUCUGGCCAGUUUGGAUCUACCUGCUGGGUGUGGAGAGAGCAUGACAAACAAGGAGGAAAGAGGGUAUAUUGAGCAUGUGAUUCCUGUGAUCAGUGGGGAGAAAAAGGGAGAGGAAUCAGCCACAAAGAGGCAAGUGGAAUAAUAAUGAGGAUUGAUUGCACAUUCCCCAACCUCCCAAAGAUAUCUCCUGCACCCCAUCUUGCAAGAAAAUUGUUUUUUAUUACCAGACAGUGGGAACAGCUGCCUUUUCUCCUAGCGAUACUACAAUAUGUGAUGGGGAUGGCUGUUAGCUUCCUGUCUGAAAACAAGCGUAUAAUGUGUAUGUGUACUGUGACUUAAUGUUGCACUUAAAAACAAGCAACAUUUAGGAUCUAUUCAGAGUGAAAUCUGUUUACAACAAAUUUUUAAUAGGAAAUGGGAAAACAGAAAUAUGCAAUCUCCAUACAUUGCAAAAAUAACAAAUGUCUGGGAAAGAAGAGACUGACUUGCUUCUGGCUGAUUAUUUCCCUACAUUUAAAUUGCAUAACAUUAAAGCUGUUCAUUCUUGUUGGAUUAAAACUAAAAUAGAAUUGAUUGUGCCACUAAAAGCUGUCUGCAUUAUAAUUACUUUACUGAAGAUGUGAAAUUUAAUUAGAAAAAAAUGUAGCAGAGUAGAAAAGUAGGAAAGGGGAUUUAAAUAAAGGAAGCUAGAAAUAAGAUAAAAAGGAAGGACUUCUUUGCAUGAAAGCUAUUUUUAUUCAGCUAAAGAGUCACAGAAGACAAGAAUAUUCUAUGAAUUGUUUUCCUUUAUUUUCCAUUGCUUUUUGUGCGCUUUCAUACAUUGACUAGAAUUACAAUGAAUACUUGAAUUAUUUCAGUUCCAAAAGCUUAAUGUUUAAUCCCAGACAUGUUAAUUAUUCAUAUGCUGCUUUUAAUUGCUACCACAAGCAAUGAAAGUGUUAUAUAAAGUCAAUUUUGAAAAUA